AUGAUCGCGUCAGCCAACUUGGUUUGGAAUGACUGGUGUAGACUCAUUCAAGGUGGAGGUGGCUCCAAUGUCGCACGUAAUGUGGCACACGUGAAACUCAUGACGCUGAGCCCAAACGUCAUUCCGGAAUGGCGAGCAGCUACUGAAGCUGCUAUCGUCAACGUCACGUCUUCGUCCACUGGACCUCUAUAG